GCCAAGUUUUCUCUAUCUAAUCCAGAAAAUAUCAAAAAUACCCCUCCCACCCGCAGCCCUAACAAACCGGUCCCCUUCGACCUCCUCCUCCGCCGCCGGCGUCGACCGCGACCGCCACCUCUCCUCGUACGCUACAGUAGGGGCAGGGGCGGCGAUUGGUGGCUCUUCCUCCUCCUAUGCUGUGACUCGAGGAGUAUGGCGGAUGGGGCUAUUGUGGUAGCCAUUUGCCAGUACGGCGGAGAGUUCACUUCUGGCCCCAGUGGUAAUCUGAUAUACAGAGGUGGAGAAGCACAUGCCGUUGAUGUUACUCAUGAUUCAUCGCUGGAGAGCUUCAAGGAUGAGCUGUCCAAGGUGUUCCAUGUUGAUGUCACUGACAUGUCACUCAAGUACUUUCUUCCCAAUAAUAUGAAAACACUCAUCACAAUAUCAUGUGACCGGGAUUUGCAAAGGAUGGUUGGUUUUACUGCAAAUGCUGCGCAUGUGGAUGUUUUUCUGAUAAGUAGACAGGAGAACAGGAGUACUAUAACACAUUCUGGAGCUACAUCUGGCUCUGUUGCUAGUGGCGACAAAAGGAAAAGACCAACACCCAAAAACAAGGUAAUCAGAAGCAGCAAACCAGCUACCAGUGCUGCUUGCAAUGCACUUCAAGCUAUCACAGAUAAUGUGAGACAACCAAUUUCAGUUAUUACUGAAAAUGAAGACAACAGGGUUUUUCAGUUGGAAUUUGGGAAUGACAUCACAUUUACCACCACAGCUGGAGGUGCUUCCUUCACAUCAGAUAUUCUCGAUCAGCAAAAGCUUGUUCUUGUUGAUAAUAUCCCCAAGGAAGCAGUUAGUUUGUUUGAUGAUGCAUUCAAUCCAUAUGUUAGUUCUGAGAUCAUGCAUGAGCCGCCUCAGGAACCUAACAAUCCUAUUGUGUUGUGGGAUGACAUUAUCAAAGGAGUUGGUCAAGAAUUUGAUAACGUGAAAGAUUUCCGUGCUCAGUUGUGCAAGUAUGCUAUUGGGAAAGGAUUUGUGUACCGGUUCAUAAAAAAUGAAACUACUCGUGUCACUGUAAAAUGUGGUGCAGAAGGAGGCUGCACCUGGCGGUUGCAUGCAUCUGAAUCAUCUCGUAACAAGAAAUUUAUUAUCAAGAGAUUGACAGAUGAACAUACUUGUGGUGGAGGAAGUGGAGAGGGUCAGCGUCGAGCAACACGACAGUGGUUGACUACUAUCAUUAAGGAGAAGCUGCAUGAUAACCCAAAGUUCAAGCCAAAGGAACUUGUAAAGGAAUUAUUUGAAGAAUACGGAGUUACACUAACAUAUUCACAGGUCUGGCGAGGCAAAGAAGUAGCAGAGAAAGAGCUGUAUCAUGCUGUCAGAGAGACUCGCGAUCAGUUACCUUGGUAUUGUCAGAGGCUCGAGGAGACGAACCCAGGAAGUAUAAGUGUGCUGUCUCCAGUGUUGGAUAUGAAAACCCGUCGUUUUUUUGUUGCAUUGCAUGCUUGUUUGCAUGGCUUUAUAAAUGGGUGCAGGCCCCUCUUAUUUUUGGACAAGGUCCCACUAAAAGCAACGAAUGAGUACAAGUUGCUUGUGGCCGCUGCUGUUGAUGCAGAUGAUGGUGUCUUUCCGUUGGCAUUUAAUGUGGUUGAAGAUGAAAAUUAUGAUAGCUGGGGUUGGUUCUUAAUGCAUCUGAAAAUAGCUCUCCAAACUCACAACUACCCUUGCAAUGGCAUGACAUUCUUGUCCAACGGACAAAUGGGUCUGGAUGCUGCUGUUUCUCACGUGUUUGAGGAUGGCGAACAUGCCUUCUGUUUGCAUCAUAUCAUUGAGGAAUUCAAAGGAGAGCUGAGGAAGGGACCAUGGUCACAACAAAUUAGGGAGGGGAUGGUUGAAGAUUUCACUCGUGCAGCCCAAGCAUGCAGCAUCGAGGAUUUUAAUGCAUCCAUCGAGAGCAUAAGGAAUAUAUCCAGUGAAGCUGCUGACUGGAUCAUAGCGAGCAAGCCAGAGCAUUGGUCAGAUGCCAUUUUCCGAGGCUUCCGGUAUGAUCAUUUCUCCUUGAACAUUGUUGAUGCUUUCGAUAACUGGAUACCAGCCAAGAAGGAGAGUUCCAUAGUGCUGAUGGUAGACUCGCUGAGAAUUAAGAUUAAGGAAGUAAUAGAAUCAAGGCUUGAAGCUUGCAAGGUGUGGCAAGGGCCUUUAACACCUACCAUGGAAUACAAAGUGCAGGAUGAGAUGCUGAAGGCUGGUAAAAUGACUGUGCUGUGUUCCUCCGAUACUGUAUUUGAAGUGAGGGGCAACGCAGUUUUCGUGGUUAAUAUUGGAAACUGGGAAUGCACGUGCCGGCGGUGGCAGCUCUCCGGCCUCCCCUGCAUGCAUGCCAUUGCUGUGUUCAACAGGCUUGGGCGCUGUUUCUAUGACUACUGCCCGAAGUUCUUUAGAAUAGAAAGCUACCAUCUGACAUACUCGGGAAUAAUCUUCCCAAUACCUGACUUGGAUAGCGUUGAUUUCAGUGCUGGGGCAAAUCUACUCCCACUGCCUCCCAAGCGGCGCACGUCAGAUAAACCGAGGAGGAAGCGGUCUAACCCCAACAAGAUAAGCACUCUCACACGACUCUGUAGCAGGUGCAAACAAACAGGACACAACAAGGCAACAUGUGAAGUUCAGUUCUAGUGGAAGGCAACCUCAGAAUUAAUUCAGCGUCAAAGGUCUCAAGUUUAGGUAUAUUGCAGAGAACAUGGUUUCUUUUCUCAGAGAACAAGAUCUCAAGUUUUUUUUAGGCUAGUCAGUUUGACUUUUUGAUCCAUGCAUCACACGAAGAUACGACUAAUGAAUUAAGGAUAGUUAGAAGGUUUAUUCACUCCUGAUGAAUGCUGUACUUGUCCAUAGGAUCUUGGUGACCACUGGUAGAAGCCACGGUACAAACCACCGUAAGCAGCUGCCACAACUCUUGUGUCAAUUUAACUAGUGUGGGUGCUCCCUUGGAUAAAGACCCUAACGUGGAGUUGGCAAUCUGACAAAAUUAAAAAGCACAGGCAACUUGCUUUGCUUUGUUCAGAACACCAAAUAUUCAUUUUCAAGGUUUAGGAUUUUGAAAUUUAUUUUU